AUGGAUGCUACAGUUCUUAAUACCCUAAUCUUACCCACAUCCUUCAUGAUGUUUCUGUCCGUGUAUCUCCUUGCUUACUUUAUAGUUUUCAGAAAUUGGGGUUUAAAAAACAGAGCAGAAGCUUCAAGCUCUUUUAUGUCCCUAGCUCAUGGCAGUCCUGCUGUUAUCUUUGCUGUCCGUGCACUACUCCACACCCAAACUUCGUAUGCUUUUGCUUCUCCAAACUCCACCUUCCAUGAUAGGGUCCUGGAGUUCAGCAUGGCUUAUUUCUUGAUGGACCUCUUACACUACAUAGUUUUCUUCCCUACUGAUAUUCUCUUAAUUCUUCACCAUCUAGCAACACUCUAUGUGCUUGUGACUUGUCGAUACAUGGUUCCCCAUGGAGCUUAUGGGAUUCUUGUGCUUCUUAUACUAGCUGAAGUUACAAGUCCUUGCCAGAAUGUGUGGAGUAUUGCACGUUUCCGGAAAAAUGAAGUUCCUGCUGCUGCAAGAUUGUAUGAAUUCUUGUCUCCUCCUUUUUUAGCAUUUUAUUCUGUUGUUAGAGGUAUUCUUGGUCCCUUCUUUGCAUUUAAGAUGGGGGUGUUUUAUCUAAGGAAGGAAGGUGAUGAUUUGGUUCCUGGAUGGGCAUGGAUUUCUUGGAUGGUUGUGACAGUAACUGCAAUUUUAGUUAGCAUAUUAUGGGUUUCAAAGCAUUGGAUAGACUGGUUGAGAAAAAGAAGUCUAGCUCAGAAGAAGUUAGGGUAGAAGUUGUGGGUUCUAGGCUUUAGUUGAGGAAGCACCUUCUUUUCUAGCUUCCCUUCUAAGGUGUUGAUUGUUUCUUUGAAAUAAAUAGAUCAAAAACUGUACAAAAAAACAUGAAUUUAAUAAAAUAAUGACAUUGAUAGCAAA